UCUGUAGCGGGAGGCGGGACUGGGUGCAGGGGGAGGGCGGCGAGCUCUGGGCCGGGCCCCCGGUUCCUCAGGGCGGCUGGUGGUGCCCGGCCGGUCAGCGGCAUGGCGGGCGGGCCCAGCGCCCCGCUGCUGGCGGCGCUGCUGCUGCUGCUGGCCGCCGGCCGGCCGGCCCUCGCAGUAUCAUUUUAUGGUGAUAGCUUUGUGACAUUGAAGAAGGCAGAAACAUCCUCACAGACAACCCUACAGUUGCGGUUUCGAACAAGCAAGCCACAUGGAAUGCUCUUUCUUGCAGCUGGGAGGACAGAUUAUUGUUUAAUAGAGCUACAGUCAGGAAAGUUGCAGUUGAGAAUUAACUUUGGCAUGGGGGAGCGAGUACUGCAUUCUCAGCAAAGAUCUCAGCUGAAUGAUUUAGCUUGGCAUCUGGUUGAACUGCAUCAUGAACAUGAUAAUGUCACCUUGGUAGUUGAUAAAUAUGAUAGAACAAGUGCAAAAAUGCCUGGAAUUCUCCAUGACUUAAAUAUUGAUCAUGGCUUCUAUGUAGGUGGUACUAGUGAACUUGACAUUCCUUACCUUGUUGGAGCACUGCCCAACUUUCGAGGAUGUAUUGAUGACGUGUCAUUUAAUCAGCUAGACAUCCUGAUGCCCCUGAGACCUUCUCCUGGCUUUAAAAGUAUUCAUGAAGUUUCGGUGGGAUGCAGUGAUGAAUUCUUUGCAGGUGAAGAUGAACCCAUCAGUUUCUUCAGUUCCAGAUCUUACGUGUCUUUCCCAUUGUGGAAUGUUGAUGGUGAGGGAAUCUUGGAGUAUGCAUUGCAAACCUCAACUGCACGUGGCUUGCUGCUUUAUCAUCCUGGACAAGCAGGAGAUUUCAUUGCAAUGGAAAUAGAAGAUGGAUUGAUUAAAGCCUGUAUUGGAAGGCAUCAAAGUAGAACCCAGCUUUCCUCUCGUAUGCCAGUCAACGAUGGUCAUUGGCACUAUGUGAAGCUGAAAUUUAGCACAGAAUAUUUACAGCUGACAUUGGAUGAAGAAACUGUGAAAGAAUCAUUCCCUCUGCAAAGCAAGCUGCUUCUGAAGGGGUCUCUCUUUGUAGGUGGUGUAGAUGACAGUACACGAUCAGAAGCGAUUAAGUUAGAGCUAGCGUCAGUGUCUGGGAAAUAUGCCAGAGGAGGGUCCUUCAAAGGUUGCUUAAGAGACCUAAAAGUCAAUUCAGAAAAGAAAUCACUGAAGAAUGUUCUGGUAACAAAGGACAUUUCAGCUGGAUGUGAAACGGAAAGUGCUUUUAAUACAAAUCUUUCUUUAGAGAUGGCUUUAAAAUAUCCUACUGUGAAAGCAGCCCCAACAUUUGCCAUUUCUCUUGAAAGCUCUGUCUCACUGGGCCAGGGAGAUAAAAGUCACCUUUUAGUUCUGAGUAACUUGAUUGUGCUAGAGGGUGGACAAGCUUCACUUGAAUCUAAACACGUUAAAGUCAACUUAGACUUUCAGAAACUUGGGAUCCAUCUGUCACAAGUUCUUUUUGAAAUAAAGGAACCACCCUCACGUGGGAACUUGAAAUUAGAUAUUGAAGCUGUGCAGGAGGUAAAUAAAUUUACUAUGCAGGACCUGUGGCAAGGGAAGGUUCUGUAUGUCCAUGGUGGCUCUGAGGACACUUAUGAUCAUUUUAAUUUCUCUGUUUCUGCCAGCAGCAGAAAUACUCUGCCCCUGUAUUUGCAAGGAAAUGAGCAGUAUGUGUUUGGCAUUACUAUCGUUCCAGUAAACGAUGCUCCUGAGAUCACACUGCCUGAGGGAAACGUACUUCUUCUGUUAGAGAACUCAAAGAAACGUUUGACUAGUGACCUGAUAAAAGUUUUAGAUAAUGAUACAGAUCCUCUGGACCUCAGUCUUUCAGUUCUUGGAAAUAUGAAUGCAGAUGCAGGAUUUUUAGAAAAUUCAAAGCAUCCUGGAAAAGCUAUUGCUACUUUUUCUAAUGAGGACUUAAGAAAAGGCAGUAUUUUCUUUGUUCACACAGGUGUCAAGAACUCGAGGAUUGUUCUGAGGGCAAGUGAUGGUGAGAAAGUGAGCAACACUGUUGUGUUACGUGUUAUGGCAGUUCCUUUGGAUUACAAAGUUGUCAGCAGCUCAGGAAUUAAGCUGUUGCAGGGUUCUGCAGCCCUGAUCACACCUAGGCAUCUGGCAGUUGAGACAAAUGCCAACCUCCAGGAGCUGGAGGUACGGUACGAGAUCACAGAGCCGCCCCAGUUUGGGGAAGUCCAAAGGCAGCAUUCAAGGGGGGAGUGGAAGCAAGUCAGCUCUUUUUCUCAACGCUCUGUUCAGCGCAACCGUGUGAGAUACUGUAGCACUUUCAAAGAAGUUCAGCUGGAAAAUGUUACUGACCAAUUUAAAUUCAAAGUUAGCUUAGGAAACAGAAUCAGUGAAGAGUAUGUGUUUCCAGUCCAAGUGAAAUGGUUAAGGUACAGCUUGGUGAAAUAUACUCCUCUAGAAAUUGAAAAAUCAAAAAGGAAGUACUUGAAUUCAGAUCAUCUUUUUGCUGUGCUGGUGGAUCUAGAAAUACCUGAAGAUGAGCUUCAUUUUAAACUACUGUCCCUACCAAAGAGUGGACAAAUGCUGCUUAAUGACCAGCCUUUGAAAAAAUAUUCAGUCUUUAGCCAGAAAGACAUUACUGAUCAAAAAGUGGCAUAUGAAUUAAUCAGCAGAUACCAUGAAGACAAAUGUGAUUCAUUUAAAUUCCUCAUUUCAACAAAAUAUCUGGAAUCAAAUUUCUAUGAAUUUGAAGUCUGCAUCAAAUCAGAUUUCAGAAACAUUAUGUUGAUUAACAAUGGCUUGACUGUUACUGAAGGUGAAGGAGAAUUAAUAACAAGCACAAAAUUGUUUGUGCAAAUGCUGGAUAAUAAAACUUUCAAAUAUAAAGUUUUAAAGUUUCCUAAGCAUGGGAAAUUAAAACUCAUUAAUUUUUCAGGUUCAUUUGAGAGUAAUGACAAUCUCACCACUUUCACUAAUGAAGAUAUAAGUAAUAAGCGCCUUAUGUAUAUGCAUGAUGAUUCUGAGACAGUGUUUGAUGAAUUUGUUGUCAGAGCUUUCAGUGAAGAAUCAGGGGAGUGGGCAAACUUUGAUCCAGAAGCAGGAUCUUUGUCAGUAGAAAUUAGAUUCAACAUUUCUGUCCAGCUGAAGAAUGAUGAAAAACCAGUACGUGUAGUUGAUAAAGUUUUUAGUGUAGUGAGAAAUGGUCAGCGAUUGUUAACUUUGGCAGAUCUUUGCUAUCACGAUCCUGAUUCUGACUUUGAAGAUGGACAGCUGCUGUACACUAGACGUGGCAUUUCCAAUGGGGAUUUGGUGCUAACAAAUGAUACAUUGCACAGACUCUACCAAUUCAGGCAAGCAGACCUGGAGCAAAAGCAAGUCCUGUUUAUACACCGUGGUGCAGAUUUUGGGCGUUUUGUGCUCUUUGUGACAGAUGGCAAGCACUAUACAUCUUUCCUUCUAGAAGUUAAUGCCACUGAUCCUUAUGUUAGGUUGGCAAAUAAUACGGGCCUGUUGGUUCAAAAAGGAAAAGAAGAAAUUGUUACAACAGCUAACCUAAGUGCUGUUACAAACCAAGACAUCAGAAAUGAUCAUGAGAUUACCUACGAGAUAUCCACUUUCCCAAAAUAUGGAAGAAUAUGUGUAAAUAAUUUAAUGACAGAUUCCUUCACUCAACUUGAUCUGAUAAAGGGAUAUGUGACCUACAGGCAUGAUGACAGCAACAACCUUAUUGACACAUUUAACUUUACAGUCCGUGCUAAAGAUGUCCUUCUGGAUGCUGGUGUACAUGUUCGCAUGUAUUUGGAAAGUCAUCAAUGGCCACCCAGGAUUGUGAACAAUAACAAUCUCUUAGUUGAAGAAGGAAAACCAGUUAAAAUCAGUAAAGGAAAACUGCAAGUUGCUCAUGAAAACAGCUCUUCAUCUGAGAUUGUGUUCACAGUAAGACAGCUACCAGUACAUGGAUACAUUCGGAAAUUUUCAUCAGAAGGAAGUUAUCUCGGUGCCGACCAAAAGCCAGUUCUGACCUUCACACAGCAAGAUGUUGAUGAGGGCAAGGUUCAGUAUGUGCAGACAGUUUCUGACCAACUAAAUGACCAUUUUUCUCUGGAUGCGACCAAUGGUGUCCAAACAGUGAGUGGAAUAGAAAUAUCUGUAGACAUCAUUCCCAGAGUGAUUCCCUUGGAAGUACAGAACUUCACAGUAAUUGAAGGUGGCUCAAAAGCCCUGUUGGAAGACUAUCUAAAAAUUUCCAGUAGACACUUUGCAGGACUCAGCUGUGAAUUUAUUUUAGUUGAGCAGCCAAAGCAUGGGUAUAUUGAAAAUUCUCGUGUUCCUGGAAUAAAGUUAACCAAAUUUAGCAGAAAACAGGUGGAACAAGAAUUAAUCUACUAUAUUCACGAUGACAGUGAGGAGCUGACGGACAAUUUUACUGUUAUAGUAAAUAAUACAGAAUUGUGGAAACAAAGCUCGCCCCAGACUGUGUUUGUAACAGUUAAAGCAGUAAAUGAUGAAGCUCCUGUUAUAAAAGUUAACAGAAUUCUUCAGGUCUGGGUGGGUUCAGUCACAGAAAUAACUGCUGAUGACCUCUAUGCAGAAGAUAAGGACUCCUCACCAUCAGAACUGAUAUAUUCAAUUACUCCACCUAGCAAUGGGCACUUGGCUCUGAAGGAUUCUCCAAACAAGAGCAUCCUUAGUUUUACUCAGGCUCAUAUAAUGGAAGGGCAGCUGUUAUUUGUACACAAUGGAGCAAUGUCUGGAGGCUUCAACUUUCAGGUAACAGACGGCUUGAACUUUGCACCACGACAGAUUUUUAGCAUCACAGCUCGGACUUUAGUUGUUAGUCUUGAAGUGAACAAAGGACUCGGAGUCUUUCCAGGUUCCAGGAAACCUAUUUCACAACGUGAUCUGAAAGCUGUAACCAGUGAUGUGACCAAUGCAGGAAACAGAACUAUAACUUUUAUGAUUGUAACUUCCCCCAAACUUGGAAGGCUGAUCAGAGUAAAUUCUGAUAAUACCACUCAGGAAAUCCUCAGUUUUACACAGUCUAUGGUGAAUGAAGGUGUGAUCAUGUAUGAGCACUUAGAUGCAGAGUCAGCUGGCUGGAGUGCAGAAGAUUUCUUUACGUUUACUGUCUCCUCUCCACCGUCAGCUCUGGACCUCCAGGUGUUCCAUAUUGUCAUUUCAUAUGAAAUUACCAGGCACGGUCAGAACAGUCGUCUUCUAGCAAAUACCGGUACCGUAGUCCAGGAAGGAGGUAGAGUGUUAAUCAACAAAACAAAUUUAGAUGCCUCAAAUCUGUUGAUAAAGCUACCUGAGGUACAGCGCUCCAUGUAUGAAGUCUGGUAUCAAGUUGUAUCUUUACCCCUACAUGGCGUGAUUAUUGUCGGAGAAAGAAAUGUUACAAAAGAAAAACCUAAUUUCUCCCAAUACAUACUGGACAAAUUUGGAAUUGUGUACGUGCAUGAUAAUUCUGAAUCACUUAGUGACAAUUUCACUUUUGCUGUGUGGUUAAACCUAAAGACCAAGUCUGCAACAAAGCCCCAAAGUGAAGUUUUGGAGGAGAUAUUUAAUAUCACUGUUGUUCCAGUGAAUGACCAAGCUCCAGAACUGAAGACUAAAAGGCUGCACUUGAAAGUCCUGCAGGGAGAUGUGUCAGUGCUGGGGUCAGAGAAUCUGAAAGUUGAAGACCUAGAUAACAACCCAGCUGAGCUUAAAUACACCAUAGUUAGCAACCCCAAUAAUGGUUAUUUAGCAAUGAAGAGCAAUCUCAGUGUCUCUAUACAGGAUUUCACACAAGCUGAUGUCGACAAUGGUAUGGUUUGGUUUGUACAGGAUGGCAGUUCUUCCUCUGGCGUGUUUUAUUUCAGUGUGACUGAUGGUAAACAUCGUCCUGUAUACAAACUUUUCAGUCUUGAAGUAAUACCAAUUGCUCUUGUCCUGGUCAACCUUACCAAUGUUGCACUUCCACAGGGUCAGACAUCUGUCACUAUUACUAACGUGCAGCUUUCAGCUGUCUCAAAUGGAAAACGCACUAAUAUCAUGUAUGAAAUAACUCAGCCUCUAAAGAAUGGGCACCUGAUGAUUGGAAAUGAGAAGGUUAGUAAAUUUGAGCAGGCAGAUUUGUACUCAGGAAGACUGUCUUACCACCUGACAAAUCUCACUGUGUUCAAAGAAGUCCUGGAGUUUAUGAUAUUCACUGCAGAAAGUAAUCUGACAGGACAAGUACUGAACAUCACAAUGAAGCCUUUAGUGCAAGUUGUAUCUGACAUGCAGAUUUCAAAUAAAGCAGUGUAUAAAUUCAGAAGCAGUGACCUGGAUGCUUCUGAGCUAGCUAAUUUAACAAACAGUAAUCCUAGAUUUGAAGUGUUGGUGCCCCCAUCUCACGGAAGAAUUGUAAAAAAAAGGUUUGUGAAUGAUGCAGAGUUUGAAGAUAUUCAGACAUUCACCCAAGCUGACAUUGAUAGAGGUGUUGUGCUUCUUGACAUAGAUACAAAUAUGACAGAUGUUGAUCUGUUAAAUGAUUCAUUCACAUUUAUGCUCAGGGCAGAUGAUGUUCAGCCUGCUGUCGGCCAUUUUGAGUAUUCCAUAGUGCCAUAUAGUCCUCCACUUGGGCAGGGUUUUACAGCUGAAGUGCCUUUAAUAACCAGCAUGACCACUUUAAAAAUUCACAGUACCUCAAAGGAUGAUGCACCAGUUUCCUCCCAUAAUGAUGAACCCACAGUAGCACCACAGAAGACCGUCCCAAGCGUGUUCCCAGGUCAGAAUCGCUGGGGAAAUCUACACGAGGAGGGUCCCUUGCUGAAUCUAGCACUGGGAACGAGGGGAUCUGCAGGGAUUGAGGCCACAGAUCGGGCUGAUGCCAAGAGUCCCAGAGGGCAAGCAGGUGAAAGCAGCAACCCUUGGUACAUUAUUAUCCCCCUGGUCCUGGUUUCUGUGCUACUCAUCAUUGCUGUUAUUUCUGUGUGCAUUUUGCUAAUGUGUCAGAAAAAAGAGAAGGCAAAACCACUUGUCAAAAAUCAAAUGGAUGUAAUCCUCAGUAGUCCAGGUCAUUGUCUGGAACGAAGCUUGACUGUACCUACUGUUACGGUGACCCCUCUCUUGAAGGGAGCUGAGCAAACUACAGCCUCGACACCGAUGGCAGUAAGACACGAACAGUUACUUCCUACAGUGGUUGCUCCGACUGUCGAACAGCCUUUGCAAAAUAGCUGGUUAAACCUUGAUCCUGAAAUGAUCCAAUAUUGUCGAAAAACAAACCCAACUUUGAAGCGCAAUCAGUACUGGGUGUAGUUCAUGGUCAGUUUUAGUCAUGCUAAUUGAGGUAGAAUGGAAAAGAGAGUAUACAUUAUUGACAUAUAAUUUGUUCUUUAUCAUGCUUAUUUAUUAUAAGUCAAAUGAUGCACUGUUUGUUAGGUGAAACCCAAAUACCUGCGAAAUAAUAAUAAAAAUCCUACUGGUUACAGAGGCCAUAAAAUAAGAUUUCCAGUUCAUACUUCAGCAAAAUUCCCACCUAAUUCAGUGCAGAAUUUGUCACCGUAGAUUUUGAGUGCAUCCUGUGUAUACAAUAUUUUUUAUUUCCCAUGACAGGGGUAAAGUAGAACCUUCUGUUGUGGAUUAUAUAUAUUUUAACAUAAUUAUUAUUUUGAAGAACUAAGUUUGCUAUAAAGAUUUUGUGUACUCUCCUGAACUGUCAUUUCUAUUGUAAGAACUUUCAACUGUUUUUACAAGUAAUUGUCAAGGUGCUAAUCUCUUUAAUGUCAUUUUGACCUGGAGGCUGUUCAAAGGCCAGUACUAAAGAAACAAAGCUGUUUUAUUUUGCCAAGUGUUCAUCCGGGUCAGCAAACUUGAAAUCUAGAAUUCAUCUCAGCAAUAAUUCUACAACAGUGGCAGUGGAUAAGUGUUCUGGUAAAACAUUAUGAGGUGGUUUUUUUUGUUUGUUUGUUUGUUGCUUUUUUCUUGUUGUUUGUUUUGUUUUCCUUAUUUGUUGCUGAAAUCUAGUCUGUGAUGUCUGCAGACUGGUAAAAUGCAUCCGUGACCUCUAAUCUACAUGGCAAAAACUAUGUAUCUGACAGCCUGUCUGCUGAUUUAUCUUUAGCCUUAGGUUAUGUCUGGAAGUACAUAUCAAGUUUUCUAUUCCUGACUAAGGGCUACAUUCUGCCUUCAGUGAAGCAAGCACAUCUAUCUCUCUCUAGAGUCUGUGAGUUCAGCUAGAUGACAGUAGCAUCAAGUCCUUUGCUGCACACUAGCAUGUGUUGAGGAACUAGAGACAGAAACAAUGCUGUGGCUAAAAACACUCCCUUCUGAAGUUUCGCAAUUUACCCUUCAUCUCCUAGAAUGCAGAUCAAAUGUGCCUUAUACCCUAUGACAAAUACUACCUACUCUAAUUUAGCUCUGCUAAUAAGAUGUGCAAUAAUUUCUCUGUAAAGGGGAUAUUUUUAUAUUUAUGGAAAUCCAAGCUCAAUAGUGAUAUGCAGUCUCCUGUUAAGGUCCGUUCUUUCUUCCACUGAAAACUGCAAAAUUCUUGUUGACUUCAGAGGACAAAUUGACCACUGAACUUCUCAUCUAUUUUUGUACUUUCCUUUACAGCUUCCAAUUAGCUUGCCUGUAAAAACACUGUGCUCAGUACUAAGAUGUCUCACUGCUGCAUUAUUAUUAUUCACACUGGAAUGGCAUUUUCAUCUGAGCCCAAGUACUGCUGGUCUUGCUUUUAUAGAGUGAAUGUAUGGGACUGAACAUCCUUGGUGCUAUUCAUUUCAUGGUACAUAUUUGUUGUUGUUGCUGCUUGAUUGUGUUUUUGACAUUUAUAUAUUUCAGCUGAGGGAAAUUUUCACCCAUGAGGAGGGCCAGACUAAGUCACUGCUUACUGCUGUGUCCCAGGAACAAAACACAUGUCCAGCGGGGGCAGUCCUUCUAAUCUUUCCCUCUGCCGCAGGCAGCCUCAGUUGGCGCAUUUUGAAGCAGCGCAUUGUUCAGAGCCCACUUCCAGGAGAGAGGUCAGUGUCUAUGAGAAAUAUACAGGACACAUCUUCAGCUGGUUGAGUUAGUACAGCAAUAGUGAGUAAGGAUGUGAACCCUUUAUAUGCUCAAACUAAAAUACAUUUGAGCCCAAAUACACAAUUUUAUUUGUCUGUCAUUACCAUUUUCCUUGGUGCCACUGUAAGCAGGCUUGAGCUCACCCAGCACUGCCAGUGUAAAAGGCUGGGAUGUUGAGAUGUUCCAGAUGGACUGCUGCAGCCCUGUGUUAUAAAACUCUAUAUAGAGACUUUUUUCCACUUUUCCAAAGAAAAUCUUUGGGACUGUUUUUAGAAACUCUCAGUCAGAGGGGUGGUACUGUCAGCUGUUGAAAGAACAACCCAGGAUCCUUUGUGGAGGUGCAGUUGCACAUCUGCAAUUUCCUGAGACCUCUUCUGCUAGCAGCAAGCAAACAGCAGCUUCCUCCAGAUCCCAGCUGUCAGCGGAGCAUUUGCAAAACCCUUCUUCCAAAGCCUUUUAGCUGGUAGCAGGAACCUGAUCCCUUUGUACCUCCUUCAAGGCUCCACUCCAACAAGGAAUAAAGAACUAUAAUCCAACACUUCCUGGACACUUAAAGAAGCAUGUCUAACACUUCUCUACCACUGAGACCUUCCUGUCAACAGCAAAACAAGUCAUACUCCAACACCUACCGUGAGACUAAGUGAUGUGUUUCCAAUGCGGUACCAAAAUAAUGCUGCUGGAGUCAGGUGACAAAGUCCUGUGGACCCCUGAAAAACUGAAUAUAAAUAUGGAAGUGAAAUAUGUUGCUAACUGUAUCAUUGUAAAGAUGAAGAAGCCCAAAGCUGCUGUGUUCAUUGUGCAGUGGAGAUGUAACAUAAAGCUGCAGUAACGAUGAUAAUGGCAAAAAAUGAGAUCACAGCAUAAUAUUGAGUGAAUCAAAAUAACAGCAAUGGAUUUAGAACUCCAGAACAGAAUGGACCUGUUGAAUGUCUGUAUUUAUAUGCUCAGAGCAAGAAAUUGUACGUGAAAAAUACUGAAAAGGCUUGUGCUGGCUCUUUUUUAUGUAAGCGUAAUGGACUAAACCCUUGUUUUCUAUUUCAGAACAUGCUUUUGCCUGUCAACAGAUAUUCAAGUAGAUCAGGCAGUAUGGAAUUGUAUUUUGAGUAUUGGCUCAAUUUCAAAAGCACUGAGAUUUAUUUAUUUUUUUAAUUAUUAUAAACAAUGUAAAGGCCUAAUUCAUCAGUGAAGUGUGCCAGCAAUGAGUUUGCUCUCUCAGUUGGUGCUGCUGUGAUACAGCGUUGCCAUAAUACCUGCCAUAGGUUGGAACAUUCUGAUGAGAACUCUAUAUGGAGAAGUAUAUUGUAUCAGUCGUUACUGGGUUUCAUAUAAAAUAUUCUAUUGCAAAUUGUAUUUGAUAAUUACAUAUCGUUUUUACUUUAAUAUCCUAUCCUGAAUCUGUAUUAAAAAAUCUGAGUGCCUUCAUGUAAGCUCUCCCUGUGGACAAUACAGAAUAGUCUCUGGCAGAGGAGAGUUCAUCUUUUUUUUUAACGUAGAUAUUUAAUACAGGUGAGGUGAGCUGUUCUUCUGAGGUGCCCAUCUCUUCUUGUCAACUCUAAAUGAGUAAGUCUCAUCCUCUGUUUCCCAAAUAACUAUCAAUCAAAAAAGUCUACUGGAAAACAAAUGAUUUGUACUUAUGGAUUCCUUCUGUGAUUCCAGGAACAUAGUUAGUUUAUGGUCAAGAUCUGGUUUGAAUUUUUUGGUUGUUUCCUUAGCCCUGCAGCUGUGUGUUUUAUUUCAUGAAGAUGUGGUUUAUGAAGGAAUUUCUUACCAAAUGGAGUUUUAAACUGCAGCAAAAAAAGUGCCUUGAAAAUAUAUAUAAAAUCAAUAAAUUGUUUUGUUUAUAAUCCA